UACUCUUUUCUAUUCUCCAUCGAUAAACCCCUGCAAAAGGCAAACCCUGGUUAAACCACACCCACACACAGCCGUCAAACAACACCCAAACACAGCCUGCAAAAAGGGUAUUAUUCUUGAAUCAUAAAAAAAGAAGAAGAUGGUGAGACCAUUUGGAGUUAAAGGGCGUAAAAGAAAGAACAAAGCUGAAAGAUACGAUAAAGAAGAGGAAAAUGAAUUUGAAGAAACUGUUGUUGAAGAAGAAGAAGAUGAUGGGACCCACAAGAAAUUGAAGAGCACAGAAGAAUUAGAUGAUGAAGAGAAAGCAGAAGCAGCUGCUCAACAACUUUCUGGAAUUCCAUUGAAUUUGCAGCAACCUGGAAAUGACAAGAAUAACCCUGGUGUUAUCUUCAUUCUUGAAAAGGCUUCUUUAGAAGUUGCUAAAGUUGGCAAGAGUUAUCAAUUGUUGAACUCAGAGGAUCAUGCAAAUUUCUUGAAGAAAAAUAACCGAAACCCAGCUGAGUACAGGCCUGACAUUUCUCACCAGGCAAUAUUGAACAUCUUAGACAGUCCAUUGAAUAAGGCUGGGAAACUAAGAGCUUUGUAUGUUAGAACUGAGAAAGGUGUACUUUUUGAAAUUAAACCUCAUGUACGUAUUCCAAGAACAUUUAAACGGUUUGCAGGAAUAAUGUUACAACUACUACAAAAACUAAGUAUUUCUGCUGUUGGAAAACGGGAAAAGCUUAUGCGUGUGAUCAAGAACCCAGUAACUCAAUAUCUUCCAGUCAACUCUCGCAAGAUAGGGUUUUCACAUAGUUCCGAUAAGUUGGUUGAUAUGCAUGACUAUGUGGCUACAUUGGACAACGAUGCAACUCUCGUUUUUGUGGUUGGUGCAAUGGCACAUGGGAAAAUCGAAAAUGAUUUCAUAGAGGAUUUUAUUUCAAUUUCUGGGUAUCCGUUGAGUGCAGCAUACUGCAUUACGAGGAUCACAAAUGCUUUGGAGCGCAAACAUAAGAUUCUAUGAACAUGUUUUUGUAGUGUGUACUUGUGGUAGUAAUAUUGUGUUAGCGUGACAUCUCAUGAUAAUAUAUUUUUUUUCUUUAUUUGAUUUGUGGGAAAGCCGUGCCAUAUAUAUGUGUGUGAGAAUCUAUGUAUGCUAUAUUUUCUUUAAUGAAUCACUAAUGUGCCUAGGAUUUAAUGUGGUUAGACAUGUUGUGUGUGAAUGAUGUGAGAGCAUAUGGCGUGGCUAGUACCAUAUGGGAACCUAAUCUGUGGUUUGAUUUUCAAAUAGUGAAGUUCAAAAAAACUGGCUUUUCUGCUGA